AUGCCUGAAUCACUGCAUGAUUCUCUCCCAGCUCUGGCUGUGGUAGGUCUGUCGCUGAAAUUCCCGGAAGAUGCCGUGUCCCCCGAUGCAUUCUGGAAUAUGAUCAUGGAGGGCAGAUGCGCAUCUAAGGAGUUCCCAGCAGACCGGUUGAACAUCGAAGCCUUUUACAACCCUGACCCAAACCGCAUGGAUUCGGUGUCCAAUCGCGGCGGGCAUUUUAUGACUGAGGAUUCUAGUCUUUUUGAUGCCCCCUUUUUCUCGAUCACGGCUGCUGAAGCUGUCGCGAUGGAUCCGCAGCAGCGGUUGACCCUUGAAACGUCUUAUCGCGCCGUAGAAAGCGCGGGUUUGACCAUGGAGCAGCUGGCUCGCUCAAAAACCUGCGUCUUCACCGGGGCGUCCUCAAACGAUUACCAGGUGAUACAGACCCGGGAUCGUUUGGACGCUUCCAAAUUUUGCGCUACCGGAACAGGCGGGAAUAUGCUUUCGAAUCGCGUGAGCUGGUUCUUCAACCUUCUUGGUCCCAGUGCCACCGUUGAUACAGCAUGCUCUAGUAGUCUGGUAGCCAUUGAUCUGGCAUGCAAAUCAAUUUGGAGCGGCGAUGCCACCAUGGGAAUUGCCAUGGGCGUGAACUCAAUCGUUAGUGUCGAGACUACUCUCAGUUUAAGUAAUCUUGGUCUUCUAUCGCCAGAUAGUCGAUGCUAUAGCUUCGAUGACCGUGGGAAUGGAUUCGCUCGCGGUGAAGGCAUUGGUGCUAUUGUUAUUCGUCCUCUGGAGGACGCCGUCCGUAACGGUGAUCCUAUCCGAGCUGUUAUACGAUCCAGUGCAUCAAAUCAGGAUGGGAAAACUCCAGGCAUCACAAUGCCGAGCAUGGAAAUGCAGGAACAGUUGAUUCGCGACACCUACCGGAAGGGUCGUCUCGACAUGAAUUUAACCCGCUAUUUUGAAGCACAUGGAACAGGAACGGCGGUGGGCGAUCCAAUUGAAAGCAAGGCCAUCGGUUCAGUCUUUCGAUCGGUUCGUUCUGCAGAGGAACCCCUAUACAUAGGAUCUGUCAAAUCUAAUAUUGGUCAUUUGGAAGGAGGCAGUGGAAUAGCAGGUGUUAUGAAAACCAUCCUCGCUUUAGAAAAGGGCGUCAUCCCCCCCAACAGCGAGAACUUUGAAAGGCUGAAUCGCCGUAUUGACGCCGAAUUUCUGAAUAUCAAGGUCGCAAAGAAGCCCGUCCCAUGGCCAACAGACGGUCUUCGAAGAGCUUCUGUUAGCUCAUUCGGGUUUGGAGGAACGAAUUCACACAUUGUUUUUGACGACGCCCUGAAUUACCUGAAGUCUCGUAACCUGCUAGGAAAUCACAAUACGGUUGAAAGCCCUGUCUUACAUCAGAGUGAAAAGGAUGGUAGUGUCAAAAUUGCCACUAUCAACGAGAAUGUGCCGCCCAAACUUCUAGUCUGGUCCACCCGUGAUGAAAAGGGCAUUCAGCGUCUUCAGGAGACAUGGAAGCCAUUCUUAUCCGAAUUUCCAUCUACAGAAAAGGCUGGCCUUUUGCAUGACCUGGCAUAUACCUUGGGCAAUCGACGAACCCACCAUCCUUGGAAGACAUUCGCCGUCGCUGGUUCAGCAGAUGAUUGGACCCUGCUGGCAGAUAAAUUCGCGCCUGCGCAAAAGUCCAGAGCGUCGCCAAAUAUGGCGAUGGUAUUUUCUGGGCAAGGAGCCCAGUGGUUUGCUAUGGGCCGGGAGAUGCUUCAAUAUACUCCAUUGUUUCUCCGGAGUUUGAAAGCUGCAUCACAUUAUCUCACCUCUAUCGGCUGUGAAUGGAACCUUCUUGAUGAGUUCCAAAAGUCACAGGCCGAAUCCCGUGUGAAUAAGCCAGAAUUCAGCCAGACUAUGUGCACUGCUCUUCAGGUUGGCUUGGUUGAUUGCCUGCGUGCCUGGAAUAUCGUGCCCCAUUCCGUGGUGGGUCAUUCUUCUGGAGAGAUCGCUGCUGCGUAUUCUGCAAACGCAAUCACUCGAGAAUCAGCUUGGAAAAUAGCUUACCAACGAGGAAGGUUGAGCAGCAGAUUGGAGAAGAGCAGUUCUAGGUCAGGCUCGAUGUUGGCUGUUGCUCUUUCGGUAAAGGAUGUAGCACCUUACUUAGAUGCGGUGACACACGAACACAAGGACGGGUCUGUGAAUGUUGCCUGCGUCAACAGCCCGACAAGUGUGACUGUUUCCGGGUAUGAGGUUCUCAUCGAUGUACUCAAGGAGCAAUUUGAUGAGGCCAACAUAUUCGCUCGGAAGUUGAAGGUAGGAGUGGGCUAUCACUCAGCUCAAAUGCAAGAAAUCGCAGACGAGUAUGAAGAAGCCCUCGGUGUGUUGGAGAAGCCUUCGGCAAUCCAUAAACCUUCGCCACAGAUGGUCUCUUCGGUGACUGGUGAUUGGAUAGACUCAAAGUCUCUUCGUGCUUCCCACUAUUGGGUGCGAAAUAUGGUGUCGCCAGUAUUGUUCUCCGACGCCUUGUCAAAAAUCUGCUCUGGACCUUCGACCGACCCGACCAAGAAGCUGGAUUACAGCCACCGAAGGCGGAAACCAAUUCAUCACUUGGUUGAGGUAGGCCCCCAUGCGGUACUGCAAGGCGCCUGCAAAGAUAUUCUGAAGUCUUUGGGCAAAGAGCUUUCCUACUAUUCUAUCCUGGUACGUAAUGUGUCAGCUGCUGAGACGGCGCUUUCUGCGGUCGGCAAUCUCCAUUGCGCUGGAUAUCCAGUUGAUCUGUCUUCUGUCAACAUGGAUUCUCUCCGGCCUCCUCCACGGACUUUAGCAAAUCUUCCCGAGUAUUCUUUUGACCACUCCAAAUCUUACUGGCGCGAGAGUCUAGAGAGUAAGGGACUCCGACAUCCUCGCUUCGGUCGGAACGAUCUGCUGGGCACUCCCAACCCACUUUGGAACCCUUUAGAGGCCCAUUGGCGACACAGGAUCAAAAUCUCCGAAAUUCCCUGGGUUGCCGAUCAUAAGGUUAACGGAUCUAUUGUUUACCCUGGUAUGGGCAUGUUGGUGAUGGCUAUCGAAGCCGCAAAGCAAUUGGCAGAACCCGGUAAAGCUAUAAGCGGCUUCAAUAUCAGAGAUACAAGUUUUAGUGCUGCGGUGCGCAUUCCGUCUAAUACGGGCUCUGUUGAGACAGGGUUUUUCAUGCGUCCUGUUCAGGAUGCUGCUUCCAAAAGCCCAAGUUGGUUUAACUUCCGGCUGUGCAGUUAUGACGGGGACAACUGGAUCGAAUGCUGUGCUGGAUCUAUUCAGAUCGUGUAUAGCCCGACUGAUUCGUCACCCUCUCAGGAGGACGAAAGGAUCUCUAAAGAGCUUCUCGCUGCCCAAGUUAAAGCUUACUCGGAUUUGGAGCGCAAAACCACCCCACCAAUGGACAAUGCUGCUAUAUAUGACUUCACAUCCCGGUGUGGACUUGCCUAUGGUGAAGCCUUCCAAAUGAUCAGCAACCUGUCGUUUCACCGGGACGAUGAUUAUAAGGUGGUUGGUCAGGUCCGUCGUGGUGAAAAAGGAAACGAGACCCUCCAUCCCACAACGCUUGACGGCAUUGUUCAGACAGCACUCUGGACACUGUCGAAGUCUGGAACGCAGGUGUUCCCAACAGUCGUUCCCAGAAGACUGGAAAAGAUGUGGAUCUCGCAUGAAAAGCUCGCUCAAGGCGCCCAAUCAGAACUUCUUCGAACAUAUUGCACCCGCACUGAUGACCCUCAUCACGGAAUUAUCGGUCAUGUUCGUGCAUUUGGUGACACGCUACAGGAUGUCUUUGUUGAUGUCACCGGUCUUCAAAUGAAUGUGGUCAGCGACACCACCACAGAGGAUGUUGAGGAAGACAUCUCCCAAGCCCAAAGAUGUCACCAGCUAGAAUGGAAGCCGGACCCACAAUUGCUCACCAACCAGCAGGUGCUUAAGCUCUGCAAUGACUCAAUGCCGGACAACUACGAAUUAGGGGACUUCUUCACAGAGACCGCAUUUGUUAUUUUCGCGCGAGUGUUAAAGACUCUAUCAGAACUGCGCAAGCAAGAAUACAACCCCCCUCAGCCACAUUUGAGGAAAUACCUUGAAUGGAUGAUUGAGCAAGAGAGACGGCUUCAUGAUUCCGAAGUCGUGUUCGCGCAUGAGCCGUGGACAAGUCGAUUUAACGACCCCGCCUUUAUUCAACACGCUGAAGAACGCAUUUCGAAGGUCAAUGCCCGAGGAUACGUCGCAGCUAAUGUGUCGCGUCAUCUCCCGCAGCUUCUCAAUGGAGAGCUAGACCCGUUGACCUUCUUGUUUGGAGGGACGCAGCUAAAGGACUUUUAUUUUGAAUCUCUUUACGACACCGUCGGCGUCCAUCGAUUUGGUGCCUACCUGGACAUUCUCUCUAAUCAUAACAAUGCUCUGCGGGUUAUUGAAGUCGGCGCAGGCACUGGAUCCAUCACGGACAUUCUCAUGCGAUCCCUUGGUCGCACUGACGAUGAGUCUAGUGAGCGACGAUAUUCCCAAUGGGAUUUCACCGAUAUCUCGCGGUCGUUCUUUGGUGAAGCACAGGACCUCUUCAAGGCUGAGGGGGAUCGCGUUAAGUUCAACGCACUUGAUAUUGAGAAGGACCCAGCCGAGCAAGGAUUUGAGUGCGGAACGUACGAUGUAGUUGUCGCCUCUUUGGUGCUCCAUGCAACUCAUGAUUUGAAGAAGACCUUGACUAAUUCUCGCAAACUGCUGAAACCAGGCGGAAAGCUUGUCCUGAAUGAGCUUGUGGCUCCUGACAUUCUUCGAACUUCGUUUAUCUUUGGAUUGCUGGAAGGAUGGUGGCUCAGCUCCGAAUCAUACCGCAAGUUUGGUCCUUGUGUGGAGACUAGUCAAUGGAACGAUCUACUCCAGCAGACCGGCUUUUCAGGGGUAGACUUAUCUCUGCAAGAUUACGAUGACCCGCGCUGCUGGGAGUGCAGCAUACUGGCUGCAACUGCUGUCGAGGAAAAUCAGGACGAGACGUGCGAAUCUGAGUUCGAAAUCUAUUACAGCAAACACUCGUUGAGACAGACCGAGACCGCGAAGAUGUUGGAAUCGCACUACCAGCCGCUCACUGAGAAACCAGUCAGCUGUUUGCCUAUUGAGGACGUUCCUGAGGAGGUCUCGAGCGCUCCUACCUUGCGAAUUUUCUUGCUUGAUCUGGAAAGACCGACGCUUCAUGAAAUGGAGCCUCAGCUAUUUUUCACCUUGCAACACUUAUUCUGCUCAGCCAUUGAUCUACUGUGGAUUAACUCUGGUGGGGGUUUUUCGAGCUCGAAUCCUCAUUAUAGGGUAGCAGAUGGGCUGUUCCGGGCAGUUACUGCAGAGGACGAUCGCAAGAAAUGCUAUAUGUUAUCACUAGACCCGCGAAGUGGUGGUUCACAGCACCUGGUCUACCAAACGACAAAGGUGAUCAAUUCGCUACUCCGGGCGACGACCAUCAAGCAGAUCAUUGAUACCGAGUACGUUGAGGAUCAAGGCAUCCUGCAUAUUCCCCGCUUGGUGGCUUCCCCUUCUGUGAAUAAAGACAUCUCUUCCCGAACUGCGGGAUGGCACACCAAGGUACAGAGCUUUAAAUGUGGCGUUCCUCUUCAACUUGACAGCGCCAAUUCAAACCUCCUUCGUGGAUUCAAGUUCAUAGAAGAUGAGCUUGCACAUCAACCUUUGGCAGCUGAUGAGAUGGAAGUCCAAGUAAAAUGCUCUGGUGUCAACUUCCGUGACGUUCUUAUUGCGGUGGGUCAGCUGAAUUCGCCUCAUACUGGAUUCGAAUGCUCAGGUGUCGUUACUCGCACCGGAGAGGCAUGCAAGCGUUUCCGUGUUGGGGAUUCCGUCGCUCUGCUGAAUCAAGGUUGCUUUUCGAGUUUCAUUCGCGUCCGGGAAACCGGGGCCGUGGUGAAGAUCGGGCGAAAUGUUUCUUUCAGUGACGCUGCAGCAGUACCAGUCAACUUUGCUACUGCGUUCAUUGCGAUCCAUGAUGUGGCUCGCAUGCGUGCCAAGGAAUCAAUCCUAAUCCAUGCCGCUGCAGGUGGCACUGGGCAAGCAGCGAUCCAAAUCGCACAGAACCUUGGAGCCGAAGUGUUCGCAACGGUGGGAUCUCAGCACAAGAAGGAAUUCCUUAUGGAGUUUUACAAUAUUCCAGAGUCCCACAUCUUCUCCAGUCGCUCCACGCUAUUUACCCCCGCUAUCAAAGAGCGCACUCAUGGCUGUGGUGUCGAUGUGAUAUUUAAUUCCUUGGCUGGUGAAAGCCUGAAGGAGUCAUGGGAAUGCAUCGCUCCAUACGGUCGCUUCCUGGAGAUUGGAAUUAAAGAUAUCUUGGCAAACGAUCGUCUCCCCAUGGCCAAAUUCCUGCAUAACGUGUCGUUCAGUGCUAUUAAUCUAGCGUCGAUGAUGAAUGAUCGACCAGAUGUUUGUGCGAAUGCCCUAGAGGAUGUCUUCCGGAUGAUUUCAGAAGGGAAGCUCCAACCCGCACGAGAUGUGCAGCUUUACGGGAUUGGGGACAUGGAGUCGGCCUUCCGUACGAUGCAGGGUGGAAAGCAUAUCGGCAAAAUUGUUAUUGAGAUGAGGAAGGAUGAUCAGGUCACAACUGUGUUGGAGACGCAUCCUAGUACGUCCUUGGAUGCAAAUGGCACUUACAUCAUCUCUGGUGGACUUGGAGGUCUCGGACGUACAAUUGCCACCUGGCUAGUUGACCGGGGUGCGCGCAAUUUGCUACUUCUCUCGCGCUCCGGGGCUCGCAGCCCUAAGGCCGCCGAACUAUUGCAAGAGCUUUCCGCCAAGGGCGCAAGUGUCAUGAUCCCACGGUGCGAUGUAUCAGACUCGGAUUCUGUGGCAAGAGCCCUCUCCGAGUGUCGAGAACGCAUGCCCCCGUUCAAGGGAUGUAUUCAAGCGGCGAUGGUAUUGCGGGAUUCUAGUUUCGAAUCGAUGAGCCAUCAAUCUUGGCAGGAGGUAGUAUUUCCUAAAGUCCAGGGCACUUGGAAUCUUCACCAGCAACUUCCUUCCGGCAUGGAAUUCUUCGUCAUGUUAUCAUCGGUUGCUGGUGUUAUCGGAGGCAGAGGCCAAGCCAACUAUGCUGCUGGCAAUACUUUCCAGGAUGCGCUGGCGCGCCACCGCGUCGCGCUCGGAGAGAAGGCCACAUCCCUCGAUUUGGGAGUUAUUGGUUUUACUGGUGCCGUCGUUGAGGAUGCGAAACUCGCCGAAAAGUUCAUGAACCAUUCGCCCUUCAUCCUCAUUACGGAACCAGAGAUGCACGCGCUGCUGGAUAUGUACUGUGACCCACGCGCGGAUCCCUACACAACGACCACCUGCCAGAAUAUCGUCCGACUCGCCCCCAGGUUAGAUAAUAUCACCGCAGAAAUACAGAGUGCGAUUGAAAGGCCGCUCUUCCGCCGGCUGCGCCCAUAUAAAGGACCAGGCAGUAACAACGGUUCUGCUGCGGAAAGUGCCAAUGUCGCUGCCAUGCUAGGCGAGGCACAAUCACUCGCUGAAGCCAGCGCUGCGGUGACUCAGGCGUUGACGGCCAAGCUUUCGAAGGCUCUCUCAAUUGCCAUGCCCGACCUGGACGCAAAUAAACCGCUUCAUCAGUAUGGUGUGGACUCUUUAGUGGCCGUGGAACUGCGAAGCUGGUUCACUAAAGAGAUACAGGCGGAUAUCGCUGUUUUUGAUAUUCUUGGAAGCUCGACGAUCUCGUCGAUUGGGCACUUGGCAACUAGUAAAAGUAAACUGAAAGCGGUGUCAUCUGCAGCCGGGCCAGCACCUUCGCCCGCACCGGCGACCCGACCCGCGGGCCACCAGGUGUCGCUCGCAGCAAUGGUCCACCUGGGGGACAUGGGUCCCGGGUCACAUUUCGAAUUUUUGUUACGACGCAGCUAA